UUGCGGAAAACAACAACAACUUUUUAAGACGACAACAACAACAAAAACGUAGUUCCGGUGAAAACAAAAUACAAGAAAAUGAGAUAAAAUUACAAAUUGCCAGAAUAUAACUGAAGAUUGAUGAAAAAGAAAAUGUUUUCGAGAUUUACAAGCAUCCUGCAACAUGCAGUGGAUGCGGUAAGCCUUGCACCUCAAUUAUCUCUUCAAGAAGAAUUUGUCUUCCACUGGAAAGCUGUGACAUCAUUCUUUAUUGACAACAAAGGUGAGAAGCAGCCUAUAGAUCAGACGAGUAUACCAUCCCACCUAGAGCAGAUGUUAGUCAUUUUACAACAGGAGGACAUGCAGUGUGAGAGGGGCAUGUAUGGACCAUGCCUGGAAUACCUUCUCCAACACAAGCUGCUGGAAACACUGUAUUCUCUGGGAAGAAGUGAUUACCCACCUGGUAUGAAGCAGAUUGUGUUGUCAUUCUUUACAAAGUUAUUAUCGAGAAUCAAACAACCAUUGCUGGCUCAUGUCAGUGUAUAUAGAGCUGUACAGAGAUUGAUCAAGACAUGUGGAGAGGUCAAGGCUGGCCCUACAGAAAUUGAGGAGAUCCAGUUUCUGUGUACUGUAUGUGCUAAAAUAAAGGCAGAUCCUUAUAUUGUUAACUUCUUUCUAGAGAUGCCAAAGCCACCGCAGAAUACUUCAGCAAGUGGAACCAGUACUCCUAUAGUGCAUGAACCAGCAUCAGAAAAUAAACUUAAACAACAGUUUCAUCUUGUUACAACCCUACUUAAUCUGUCUCAUAGUGAGGAUAGUCGAGUGGCUGUUAAGGCCUGUGAAGGUCUUAUUCUCUGUUCUAGUCUACCAGAUCCUAUAGCUGCCCACUGUAUGGUCAAUAGUACAAAUUUCUGCCAAGACUUCACUCAAAGGUUGAUUGAAACCUACAAGAAACUACCUAGUGAUGUGAAUCCCAUGGAUUUAGAAAAUGUUCAAGCAAAAUGGGGGAUGGAAGUUGUAACUAAGCGAGAAGAUGACACAACAUUUGCUGGAAAGCGCCACCUAGUGUCAUUCCUGUCCUGGUUAGAUUAUUGUGAUCAGCUCUCGGCUAUAGCCAAUCCAAUAGUAGCCGAGGCAUUGGCUCGAACUAUACACCAAACAUUUCUUACACCGUAUGUUCUACCUGACAUGCUACAAAUAUGUGAGAGUGGAUGUAUCACUACUACAGCAUAUAUGACGAGGUGUUUACGUACUGUUUGUUCAGAGAGAAUGUUGUCAGAACUGGUGCUAUUUUUGUUGGGAGAUGAUCGUCAUCCAGAGGUACACGGUGAGACGAAGGAAAGUUUACGUUCCCGUCUGAUUGACAGAUGUAAUGGUGUAUCAGAAGAGGUUUGCCUUGUAACACUUCAACUAUUUGACACACUCCUACAGAAAGAUGAUGAGCAUAUUCUCCAAAAUCUUGUGCUCCGUAAUAUUGAACAAAGGGAUUACUUUGAUUCUAAAGCUACAAGAAAAACUAGUAUUGUAGAUAAACAUGUUGAAAAAGCAGAUGCUUGUAUUCCCUCUGAUAAUCAUGCUGCUGACAAAAACUGUGGGUUGGAAAAUGAUUCAACUGUUAAGGAAUCUCACAAUGAGGCAGAGUCUCAAUCUGAAAGUGAGGCUAAACCUCAGUCUGAAAGUGAGGCUAAACCUGAAACUGAAAGUGAGGCUGAAUCUCCUAAUUUGAAGGUUGAAAAGGUAGAUGAUAAAGUGACUAAAACUGAAGAGUUGGAAAUAAAUGGAAGUUCAGAAAAUUCUGCGGAAAGUGAAUGUGAUACCAAGAAAAAAAUGUGCCAAAAUGAAAAGGAGCAAUCUGGUAAUACACUGAAGGUUGAUGGAAAAAUAAAUGAUGAUAAAUUUGAAGAAGUAAGUCUUUCGCCAUUUUCUACGCCACUUCACGUCAAGACAGAAGUUCACAAAAUAGUCAACAGUUUCCUGACACUGUUACCAGAGGAACUUAAGUCCAGUUAUCAGACAGCGGAUGGUGGAUAUGAUAUGUACCUUAAAGAUGCUCAUAAACUGUAUGCAGCAGUGGUUGAGUCAUGUAAAUCCUGGGGUUAUCCACUUGAGUUUCCAAAACUGAAGACAAGUUCCCCUGAUCAAUUCUAUGAGGGAUCUUUUCUUCACAUGAUAUUGGAUAAAUUAUCACAUCUGCUAGAUCAGAGUUAUCCAAUCAACUUACAGGUUACAUCUGUGAUAUCUAAACUUGCCCUGGUUCCCCACCCAUGCCUACAUGAGUUUCUGCUGGACCCAUACUUGCCACUGAAGCCAGGAGUCAGAAAUCUUUUCUCUAUAUUUCAAAAGGUCUCCAAUGAGAUAAAGUCACAGUAUGCCUCUGAAUCUGACCUCAGCCAAAAGUUGAUCAAAGUACGACGAAAAUUAAUGGGGAGCUCCUCCAGUAUGCAAAGAUUUUUAGGUUUGCUUCCGUUUUUGUCCACCCGUCUAAGUGUUAGAGAACUAGUACACAGACCCUAUACCAGGUUGGAUGAUGAGAGUAGACUAGAGGCUAUCAUUGUAUUUGAGGAGUUCUGUAAAGAGUUGUCAGCUAUAGUGUUCGUCAAACAUCAUGCUGCAGUUACUGAAGACAGACAAUAAUACCAGAAUUACCCCCCUUGUUACCCUUACCAAACACUGUGCUGCAGUCACUGAAGACAGGCAAUAAUACCAGAAUUACCCCCUUGUUACCCUUACCAAACACUGUGCUGCAAUCACUGAUGACAGAC